CUUGACGUGGCAGUAAUAAACAAAGAUGGCGGUGUGUAGUUUUAUUUCUUCCUAGACUUUGACUGUAAAUUUGAGACGUUACAAUGAAUGUCUUCCUGCAAUAACCAGAACAUUUACUUUAUACAUCAUUUUUUUUCAGUCCCGUUUUGGUCACUUUAGUUAUUACGUUGUAAAAUGAGCAGCUGGGCAGGUUUUUCUGAUGAGGAGCUACGGAGGAUGCACCAAAAGGACCCUGCGGUACCUGCUGGGGCUACUCGCGGUCGAAAACCAGUUUCAGCAAACCGGAGUCGGCAGCAGUUACAGCGAGAGAAGGCGCUGCAGCUAGCUGCUCAGAAAAGCGCUGGAGCAGGAUCCCCGGUCCUUCCACCAGAGCAGCAACUCACCAAGCCGCCGCAGAAGGAAGAGCCUGAGCCAACGACCGAGUCAGCAGCUACGACUGACGAGGGGAAAGUGCAGCAGAAACCCGCUGAGACAAAACCAGACGAAAAUCAUGAGCCAGUUGCAGAUGAGGGUCACCCGCCUGUCCAAGAGCUGGAGAAACAAGCGGUGGAACUACGGGAAAAGACGCGCCUCGAGCAACUGCAGCAAGAGCGCAAAUUAAUCGAAGAGAAUAAUAAACGUAAGAAGGCUCUACUGACAAAGACUAUCGCGGAGAAAUCCAGACAGACUCAGGCAGAGGCUGUGAAGCUGAAAAGAAUCCAGAAAGAGCUGCAGGCCCUUGAUGACAUGGUGUCUAAUGAUAUUGGCAUCCUUAGAGGAAAGAUAGAGCAAGCCAGCUGGGACUAUACUGCUGCAAGAAAGCGUUAUGAGAAGGCGGAGGCUGAGUAUGUGAUGGCCAAGCUGGACCUGCACAAGAAAACGGAGGUGAAAGAGCAGUUGACAGAGCACCUCUGUGCUAUCAUCCAGCAGAACGAGCUGCGCAAAGCCCUGAAGCUGGAGGAACUGAUGCAACAGCUGCAGCUUCAGGCCACUGAGGAGGAGUUGGAGAAGCAGAAGGAAAAAGAAGAGAAGAGAGGAAACUGUAUGGAGACACAGAGAGAGGAGAAAGAAGAAAACGGUUCAGUGAAGAAUCAGGAGGAAAUGGUGCUAUCAACCGGAGACUGCAAACCCUCAGCUGAAGAGAUUGUAAAGAGAGAGAACAGAGGUGCCAUCCAGCAAGACUGCAAACCUAUGAUCGAACCAUCAACAACUGAACAAGCCUGUAUAACACCAGAAAACUGUCUACAAAGCGAAAUCGUAGCCUCCUGAUCAGCAGAGAGGAGAGACUCUCAUAUGAGGACAUUAUCUUAUAUUAAACUCUAAUACUAAUGUUUUCCCACUCGUACUGUCAGAUUGAUGAAAUGUGUUUCUGGGGGAGACUGUUUAUUUAAUGCAACGUAAUACUAUUUUGGUCACGGUGAAAAAAGUCCGCAUAGCCCUGUCCUCAAAAAAUAUGUUCUCAUACUACUAAAUGUUUUUGCCUAAGAGGAAGCAUAGUUGCUAUCUGGAUUGUAUUUAUUUAAGUUGUCCAUAGAAACACUAACAGGUAGUCAGGUUGAAUGGGGCAAACAAACCCAGGUGUUGUAUCCCACGUGUUAACGUUAAAAAACUGGAGCUCAGAAAUUUAAAUUGUUUUGAUCAACUCACAGUCUCGUGGAAAAUUUCAAAAUCGAAUUGAUUGUAUUCAUAAACUCAAGAUUAAAUAUGAUUCAAAAAUAUUUUAUUCAGUAAAACCUCAGAGCUUACCUAGUAACAAGAGCUGUAUGUGCAAGAUCAUUAACAAAGCACCACUAGCAAGACUGUUUAUUAAUUAAUAAUAAUAAGCAGGUCCUGUAGAUGCCAAUUUUACAAAUAAUGGUCUGGCUUUAUAAAACCAUUUACAUCUUUCUGGUUGUAAUUUGACCUUGUCUACAGCAACAUUUGUUUAUUUGUGUUUGUUUGGUGAAGCUCAAAUUGUGCAUCUCAAUUGCCUGAUAAAGCAUUUUAAAUCGGCAAUCAAUUACAGACGUAACUUUAGCCUAUAGCAAUACUUUUAUUAUGGUUUGACUAAUGUGAUGGUUUAAGUAAUAGCAUGCCACUUUGGAUCAUUUCAUUUUUGACCACAUGACAACCUACACCUAAUCUUGGUCAAGGUCCUGCACUUCCCUAAAUAUAGCCUUACAUUAAUGCCUUUCAUGAGCAGCUAUGAAAAGCAAGGAAAGGAAGUGUGUUGGCAGUGAAGAAUACUGACAUUAGCAACAUGGUCAGGUAGCAGAUGUGACAGACUCACGAUAUUUUAUUUUCCUUGUUUGUGUCGUUGAAAUUUUGUUUCUGAUGUUAGUUCAUUUAUUUAUCUGGAUGGCUGCACAUUUCUUCCAAAAUGCAGUCGCUAUAGCAAAGAAGUAGUAAGUUACAGUAGUUUUCUGCAGACAGGGUUGGUGUUUUGCACUGAUUGACAAAAGCUGCUCAGGAACAUCUGGCCAGAUUUGCAAUCUUCUGGAAGUUUUUGAUCAGAUAUUUUGGGAUUUAAAUCUAGGUUAUGUUCAUUUAAUUCAGGUGUUCUUGUGAGACUGCUUUAAUUUAGACAUGUUGCACGGAGAACUGCGGUGUCUUUUAAAACUGUAAAGUUAAGAUGUCAGAGGCAAAGGAUUGUUAUGAUAUUGGUAGAAACUUGUGUUUUGCCAGAAUUUCAAAUGACACCCAGCCCUUCAUCUGUACCUGCAGGAUCAAUCAGAAUCGUGUUCAGCGGCAGAGUAAAUCACAAAAGUAUCUUAUAGCCAUUACCCUCAGUUGGUCAUUUUUUAAUGUGUGCCUUCUAAAAAAGAACCGUCUUCCAAAGUUGUGGCUUUACAUCAUGUGAAUUAACUCACAGAGCAAAGGUUGAAUUCGAAAGAUGACUGUUGUGAAAGAUUGGUUCCGUUUGUUUCCUGGAAAAAGUCUCUGUUUCAUGCAGAUUUGCAAAGCAUGAAUCCAUUUCUGCUCUAAACGUAAACCUUCCUGACUUAUGCGAUGAACUUGUUGGGCUGCGCUGGGCUCGUGUUUCACAAAGCUAAUUCUCAUCGUGUAAGUGCAGCUGAGGAGUAGUGGCCCUCUGAACGGUAAUAUGAUAUGUUAAUGUAUGUACAGAUGCUUUCUGCUACAUGUUUGUGCAGAUUUCCAUGUUUUACUUUCUCUUGGUGCACAUGAAAAAACAUGUCAGAAAUAAUACACAACAAUGGCCUAAUGAAAAUGUAGAAACUCUGUACACCUGGCCAAAGUCUGAUUCAUUAGUUUGUAUAUUCUUAAGCACAAAAAGUGUAUUUAAAUGGGAUGAAUAUUUUAAAAAGCUUGUAUUUAGAUUUCCACUACAGGCUGAUACUUGGUCAAAAUAAAGAAGCAUAUUUUUUCAUA